AUGGCGGGGCGGCCGCACAUCCUCUGCGGCGUGGUGGAAGGUUUCUAUGGGAGACCAUGGUCCAUGGAGCAGAGGAAACUUCUUUUUCAAUGGCUGAGUCGCUGGGGGCUGAACUGCUACAUGUACGCACCCAAGGAUGAGCUGAAGCACCGGCUGCUCUGGAGAGAGCCCUACACAGAGCAUGAGGCAGCCUGCAUGCAGUCCCUCAUCAAGGCUGCCCAAGAGCAGGGUGUGGAGUUUGUUUUUGCCAUUUCUGCUGGCCAGGACAUGGUGUUUUCAAGUGCCGGGGAUCGGCUCCUGCUGCAGCAAAAACUCAGGCAGGUGGCUGCCAUGGGAUGCCACUCCUUUGCGCUACUCUUUGACGACAUUGACCCUUACUUGUGCCAAGCUGACAGAGAUGUCUUCCCCUCCCUGGCGAAGGCUCAGGCCUCUGUGGCCAAUGAGGUGUACCAGCAGCUGGGCCAACCCUCCGUCUUCCUGUUCUGCCCUACAGAGUACUGCAGCUCCCUCUGCACUCCCAGCCCCAGCCGGUCCUGUUACCUGCUGACCAUCGGGCAGGAGCUGCUCCCAGGGAUCGGUGUCAUCUGGACAGGCCCGAAGGUGGUGUCACAGGAGCUCUCUGCCACGCUGCUGGAGGAGGUGGAGAGUGUCCUGCAGCGCCGCCCCAUCAUCUGGGACAACCUGUAUGCCAACGACUAUGACUGCAGACGUGUCUUCCUGGGCCCCUACACGGGACGUGCUCCUGGACUCAUGCCCAGGCUCCAUGGACUGCUCCUUAACCCCAACUGCGAGCUCCAGGCCAACUUCAUCCCCAUACACACGCUGGGCAGCUGGUUUAGGAGUGAGCUGGGGAACUGUGCCCGCCCUGACUGUGCAGGGAUGGAGACUGUGGCAGCUCUGGGUGACAGCCACGACCCACAGGAGGGGAGCUACAGCCCCCAGAAGGCUUUGGAGCUGGCAUUGUGUGACUGGGUGGCUGAGAUACACCGACAGGCCUUGGAGCCAGGAGGAAGAACCCCAGGACAUCCCAGUGUCAGCCUCAAGGGAGGAGCGAGACUGCAGCCUGGCAUGGCAGGAGGACAGGAGAUCAUACCUGAACCCCAGCCCCAUGACUCUGUUCGUAAUGGGAAGGACCAGAAUGGCCCUGAGUCCUGUGGCCUGGCACCAGGGGAGGGAAGGAGGAAGGUGACCUCAGAGCUAGAGAAAGGCAGUGAGAGUGGGACCACAACUGGUGGUCAGCAAAGCCCCACAGGUGACAGGAACCAGCUCACUACAGGGAGCAGGGUGAGCUGUGAGUCCUCCUCUGCUCUGCCCAGCACAGCUGGGAGUGCCCAGUCUACAGGAACUUUGGUGCCUACUGAGCCCUUCCACAGCCCAGGUGCCACCAUGUGCUGCAGCAAUGGGGCCAACAAGAGCCAGAACCUUCCCUUCUGUUCUGGUGAUGACGGAACAGAGAAUGAAAGCCCACCUGAGCCUGAGGCCAGCAGGGCUGACAUGCUUCAGACACCCCCAGGGCCUGGGGCUGGUGUCAACCCUGCUCCCUCCCCACCUCUCACUGAUGGGUCUGGCACCAGCCCUGACCCCUCAGCACCGGUGACUCCAGAGGAGGCCAGGGCCAGCCCCACAGCACUGGUGACCCCAGAGGAGGUCAGAACCAGCCCCACAGCACCAGUGACCCCAGAGAAGGUGGGGACUAACCCCACAGCACCAGUGACCCCAGAAGAGGUCAGGGCCAGCCCCACAGCACCAGCGACCCCAGAGGAGGUCAGAACCAGCCCCACAGCACCAGUGACCCCAGAGAAGGUGGGGACUAACCCCACAGCACCAGUGACCCCAGAAGAGGUCAGGGCCAGACCCACAGCACCAGUGACCCCAGAGGAUGUCAGGGCCAGCCCCACAGCACCAGUGACCCCAGAGGAGGCCAGGACCAGCCCCAAAGCACUGGUGAUCCCAGAGAAGAUGGGGACUAACCCCACAGCACCAGUGACCCCAGAGGAGGCCAGGACCAGCCCCAAAGCACUGGUGACCCCAGAGGAGGCUGGGUCCAGCCCCAUGGCACCACUGACUCUGGGGGAGGUGCAGAUGCUGGUGGAGCUCUUCUACCUGCCCUACCAUCACGGGCCGCUGGCACAGCAUCUGCUGGAGCACUUUCGGUGGCUGCGGGCAAACAGCCUCAGCGUGGGGGUCCCAGCCACGGCAUCUGAUGCUCACGAGGGAACACAGUGGCACGGCCGAGCCCAGUCCUUCCAGCUGCUCUGUGCCCAGACGUGCCGCCUGCACAGCCGCUUCGUCAGCAGUGCUGGGCGGGCACUGCUCUAUGACCUGCACCCCUACCUCUGGGACAUCCGCAACAUGCUGCUGGCCACCAGUGCCUUUGUCCUCUGGCUGGAUGGCCAUCUCCUCUGCGACCCUGACCCCAAGGGCACCUGGGGGAGCUGCUUUGGUUGGUGCCAAAACAACACAGCACCAAUUCUGCUGGGCAGUGACGCUGAGCCCUGGGCACGUCGUGGGGGCCUCUUUGGAGAACUGCAGGCACUGCUGCCGGUGGGCAACAGCUGUGACCUCUUCUACCACCCACCUCCACUCUUCCCAUCCAGUCAGCUGUACGUCCUGCGCCCGCUGCUGCCCCUGGACAAGGGAGAGCUUUACCGAAUGUGCCGAGAGAGUUUGGAUUGUGACCCCAAAGUGGCAGAGAUCCUUGCGUCCCAUCCCGAUCUCCUUGGUGACAGACUGUUGGGCAGCUUCCUGAGCCUGAGCCCCGAGUACACCUUUGUGCUGGAAGAUGAGGAUGGUCCAUGUGGAUAUGCAGCUGGAGCGCUCUGUGCUGAAGGCUUCCUGCAGCAGCGAGACAGCAGUUGGCUGCCAGCCCUGCGGCACAAGUACCCCCAAGACCUGGGUGCAGCUUCCUCAGCUCUGGGACAGGAUGUCCUGGAGGAAGCACUACUCUUCUUCCACGCAGAGACGCCCACUGUGCCCCUACCUGUGCUGCGGCGCUUCCCCUCCCUGGUGCAGCUGGGCACAGCCCCUCGUGUGCUGGACGUGGGUGCUAGCCGCAGCCUGGCCAUCUGCCUGUUGAGCGCACUCAGGGCCAACGGGUCCCGGGGUGUGUUUUGCCAGGUCAGUGACGCUGACCGGCAGCAGCUGAGCUUCUACAGCAAGCUGGGCUUCGUCGCCCUGCCAGUGGCCUGGGGCAGCUCUCCUGGUGCUCGGCUCCUGGGACGUCUCCUCUGA